AUGAUCGAGGGCAAAGAAGAAGAAGAUGAGGGGAGUCAGCCCGAAAGUUUCGAUUCCAUGGUUGGGGAUCUCUUGAGUUUGUUGUACUUUGCUGCACUAUUCGACGUGAAGUUGCAUAACGAUUUCACGGGGACGAUGUUGAGCCGGACCCAAGGUGGCGGAGCAGAUGAACGAUUUGAAGGGGACGGCAGCGCUGGGAGGAGAGAUUAG